AAAAAAAAGAAAAAGAAGUCUGAGAAAGAGAAGCAUGUGGAUGAAGAAGAAAGAAGACGAAGGAAGGAAGAGAAAAAGAGAAAACGAGAAAAGGAGCAGUGUGACUCUGAUGGUGAAACAGAGUAUUUUGAGCCAACGAAAAAAGUGGAGGUUGAAACUGCAACAGACCGUCCUGUUAGAGCUUGUAGAACACAUCCAGCAGAAAAUGAGAGCACACCAAUACAACAACUUCUGGAAUACUUCCUCCGCCAACUGCAACGUAAAGACCCCCAUGGAUUUUUUGCCUUUCCAGUGACAGAUCAGAUUGCUCCAGGUUAUUUUAUGAUAAUAAAGCAUCCCAUGGAUUUUAGUACUAUGAAGGAAAAAAUUUCUGGAAAUGAGUACAAAUCCAUCACAGAGUUUAAGGCAGAUUUCAAACUUAUGUGUGAUAAUGCAAUGACAUACAACCGACCAGAGACUGUAUACUACAAGUUGGCCAAGAAGCUACUUCAUACAGGCUUCAAGAUGAUGAGUAAACAGGCUGCUAUAUUGGGGGAUGAGGACACUACAGUGGAAGAUCCUGCUCCAGAGGUUCCAAUCCCAGCUCCAGUUGAGAUGGCAAAGAAAUCUAAAAAGCCAAGCAAGGAGGUUAUUAGUUGUAUUUUUGAACCAGAGGGCAAUGCAUGUAGUUUAACAGACAGCACAGCAGAAGAACAUGUAUUGGCUCUAGUAGAGCAUGCAGCAGAUGAAGCAAGAGACAAAGUCAACAGAUAUUUUACCAACUGCAAGAUUGGUUACCUUAAGAAGAUUACAGAUGGCACUUUAGUUUAUACUGUAGUCAACUCUGAUCCAGAUGCAGAAGAGGAAGAAACACACUCGGUGGAUUUAAGUUCUCUCUCAAGCAAACUGUUACCGAGCUUUACUUCACUGGGAUUUAAAGAUGACCGCAGGCAUAAAGUUACAUUUCUCAACAGUACAAGCACAGCUCUUUCAUUACAAAACAACACACUUUUCACUGACCUUAAGCCUGAUGAAAUGGAUUUAAUGUAUGCUGGUUAUGGUGAUGACACCGGAAUUCAGUGUGCGCUAAGCCUGCAAGAGUUCGUAAAAGACUGUGGGGGAUAUGCAAAGAAAAUCGUUAAUGACCUCCUGGACCAGAUAACAGAAGGGGACCAUUCCAAAAUUCUUUAUCAGAUAAAACAGGUGCACAUUUUAGAACAUUGUUUAGUGGGUUUUUAA